AUGGGCGAUCUUCCUAGCGAACGAGUUCAUCCUUUUCGAGCAUUGUUCCAUGCAGGCGUUGACUUUUUUGGUUCCUUUUGGAUAACACACCUUGUAAGAGGCGGAGCCCCUUUAAAAGCAUAUGGUUGUUUGUUUGUAUGCCUUUUAACCAAAGCGACUCAUUUAGAAGUUGUUUCUAACUUGUCAACAGAAGCAUUUUUGGCGUGUUUAAAAUGUUUUAUAUCACGAAGAGAGUUGAAAAAUUUAUUCGAAUUACAAAAAACCAAAGAUAAAAUUAACGAAUAUUGUUCAACUGAAUCUUUUAAAUGGAAAUUUAUACCGCCCAGAUCCCCACAUUUUGGCGGUAUGUGGGAAAGUUCAGUGGAAAUGGUAAAGGAAAAAAUAAAUAAAGUCAUUGGAACUAAGCCACUAACAUAUGAGGAGCUAGAAAUUUUAUCAAUUCAAAUCGAGAGCUUAGUAAAUUUGAGGCCUUUAACUUCCACUUUCAGACAAUCCAAAUGA